GAAGAAAGAAAGGCUGCUCGGAGACCAGGCGAUCAACGGCGAUAAAAUACCGUCUGAAAAGUCCGUCCAGCCGGAGUUUGGACCUACAGUCCCGGUUCUGGAGGACGGACGGMGGUUUUUGUAAAGGAAUUAAUCACCGGAAGUAGGACUGCAGCUGGUUAUUUGUUGUCAAACAGCUGYUGCACCCUCGACUAAAGUCCUUUAAUCUUCUGUAAACACAGACUGAUAGCCUCCUUUAACGUUUUAUUUCGAGCCUGAAACUCUUACAUGACAGAACUCAGGCUAARAGUCGCAGCUGCCMGCAGGUUCUGCUUCGCCCAGCUGUAAGUUUUACAGCUCCUGUCUGCGUUAGCGGCUCUGUAACACACCUGCCGUCCACAGCACAGCUGCUCUUUGUGUUUGAACUUUAUCGGCCCCCCUCUGCAGGGGGAUUCAGUCUGUUUGAGUCGGGGCUCAUAAAAGAGGAGCAGCGGCUCAUUUCCACUCUUAUACGGCGCUCCUGAUCCUCGUUACGUAUUCAUUUAUGCGCCGCAGCGCUCCGUGCUAAUGCAAACACCUGUUGCUCCACCUGCCUGCGACCUUCACUUUCACAGCGUUUCCUUUUAGAGGCGGACACUUAUGUUUUCCCUGCUCAGUUUCUGUCCGUUAGCUCCGAGCAUGGAUCUGCUGCUGCUGUGAGGCAGGGCCUGUCGUAGAUCGAAGGCGGCCUGGGGGUCCUCGAGGGUGGGGGGUCCGGACAAUCGCAGGGGUUCAGCCAUGCUGUCCGGGGAGCAGCCGUGUUUCCAGCUGCUCCGCUUCGGCUCGUCCGCGGGCGACUCUGCGCGGGACCUCUACACGUUCCGGCCCACCCAGAGCCGCUCGGUGUUCCGCCUGGGCCGGGCGGCGGAGCUGUGCGACGUCACGCUGGACUCGGCGGCGGUGUCGCGCAUCCACGCCGAGCUGCACGCCGAGAGGGAGGCGGGCGAAGAGGAGGAGGAGGAGGCGGAGCUAGAAGAGGAGUUCUGGAAGGUCUACAUUAAGGACCGGAGCAGUCAUGGAACGUGGGUGAACGAGGUGCGCCUGCAGCCGGGCAUCCUGUGGGAGCUGUCAGACGGAGACACGCUGACCUUCGGGGGGCAGUCGGCUCCGGGGAGCCCAGAGUCCUACUUCCUCUUUCAGAAGGUCAAAGUUCGCCCGCUGGACUUUGAUGCCAUCACCAUUCCAAAAGCGGGGACCUUCUCCUCCGACUUAAAGAACCGGAUCAGGACCAGCUCAGACCGAAAGGUGCCCACCAACCCGGAGCACUCCAAGGUGUCCAUCAACCGGGCCACGGUCAUCCUCAACUCCAUCGGCAGCCUGAGCAAGAUGAAGGGCAGCGCCUGGACCUUCAAGAGGAGCCACAGCCACGAGGGGGCCGUGUCCGACCCCGGCACCUCCUCCUCUACCUCGCCCGUGAGCUUCACUUCACUGCUGCCCAGCUCCGCCCCCUCCUUGCUGUCCUCCUCCGCCGCCGCCGCUGCCUCGGCGCCGUCCGCCCAGCCGCUGCAGGCCGCUUCCAGGAGCCGGAGGAAGUCUGCGCACACUGUGCUGCUGGAGGACGACAGCUCGGACGAGCCCAGGGGUCGAGCAGCUCUGGUUGGAGACGUGGAGGACGGGCAGAGGGCGCGGCCCAAAAAGAGGCGGAGACUCUACAGGUCUGAGUCCGAAGGCUUCAGCCCCCCUCCUCCUCCCCCCCUGCAGCCGAAGCUCCACGCCGACGUGCGCCGGCCGCCAGAGGCCAAGCCCUUCCCCGUGGGGAUCCGCACCAUCGGCAGCUUCCACGGCGCCAUGACCAACAGCCGCCUGAGCCAGCAGCUGCUCCAGGCCUCCUUCGCUGGCGCGGCCCCUCACAAGCAGGAGGCGGAGACCCUGCACCGGGUCAAAACCGUGCUGCACGGCAACAUCGCCGCCUUCCGCCAGCAGAAGCCUGCCUGCGUUUCUCCCACGGCGCUGAGGGGCAGGCGGAGGGCCAACAGCUCGCCUGUCUUCUCCCCCCUGGUGGUGGGAGGAGAGAACUACAGCCUGGCGUCGCCCACGGCGAGGGUCCGGACGGACGACAGAGGACGGGUCCAGUUCAACAGAUUUCAUCAACAGACAGCGAAACGACGAGGUCGCCCCCGGAAGCACCCCCUCCCUCCCCUGCCCCCUCCGUCCUCGUCCUCUUCCUCCUCCACUUCCUCGGCCUCCUCGUCCUCCGGCUCCUCCUCCUCGUCCUCCGAGGACGAGGACGAGGAGGAGGUUGUGGCCGUCGGGGGGAUGGAGCCGUGCGCGGCCCCCCGCUGCCGGCUGCCCCAGCAGGACACGGUGCAGUGGAUCCAGUGUGACGUGUGCGACUCCUGGUACCACAUAGACUGCCUGCAYGUGGACCGGAAGAAGCUCCUGAAGGACCCCAACGCCGACUUCCACUGCGGCUGCCGCUGAGGGGUCCGACUGAAAGACCAGGACUCCUGUUUGAGUCGUAAACUGAAAAACUGGUGGAAGUGGAAGCACAGAAUGAUGACUCACAGCUGAAGGACAGAAAGCUCUCAGCUGUUUUAUGAACCUCAGUCCCUCUCAGAGUCAAACUAAUGAAAUCCAGUUGGAGACAUUUCAUUAAAGCUCAGAUCAGGACCAGGAAAACCUGAUGAAAUCUUAAAAGAAAAACACUUUUCCAAAUGUUUCCAAACAGAAUAAACUUCCUUCCGAGCGGUUCGUCUGUUUCUGGAAAAUAAAGUCAGAGAAAUGUGUCUGCAGCAGACUGCGGUGCUCUCAGGAUCACAAUCAGACGUUUGGAAGCACUUGUGCAGCUGCAGCAUCAAACCGUGCAGCUGCAGCCGACUCGUUCCACAGAUUAUCAUCCUGAUUGGAAUAUUUCUACAUUUGGUCAAACAUUGGUUUUAAAAUCCUGUCUUCAGGUCUGUUCCCACCUUUAAGAGACUCCUCACACUACUGAAUCUGUACUUCUGGCUGCACAUGAAUGUAGACACAAUCUGCUCCGAAGCACAUUUUUUAAAAUUUGACUCUUCGUUCCAAGUUUCUCUCCUGAGCUGUUCGGGAGGAAAACAGUUGUUUGGAAUCCUUUAAUUCGUUUAAGCAGCUCUUUGUUGAAGCAUUUAAUAGAGUUCUUAUCUUAAAAAAAAAGUCUAUGGGUGAUAACUUAAAAAAAUACAACCUAAUUUUUCAGCUUUUCAGAGAAUUUACCUGCUAUUUUUCUAAAAGAGGUUGGAAAAUGUAAAAAAAGAAACUUUAGGGCAAUAAUUUAAAAGAAAAAAAUAGAAUAUAUAUAUUUUGUGUGUUUAUCAGAUCGAAUCAGUUUCAUGACAUCACUGCCUCAGCUUUAAUAGAAAGUAAGCAGCUGUUAUUAAUACUUUAAAAAACAGGCAGAAAAUCCUAUAAAUAACUGUUUUCUCAUCAGUUUCUCUGGAUGGAGGCAGCAUCAGCAGCUCAGAGGCUUCAGUUUAAAUUAAUUCUGUUAUAAAUCAGUUAUUAACACAAUGAGUUAAGCAGAUUUUAUAAAUGAUUUGAUGAUUUGAAAGCUUCUGUUCUGCAGCUUCGCUCCAGGAUCUGUGCUGUUUCAUAUCUUUUGUCUGGAUUUGACAUAUAAAGAUAUUUAAACAUC